UCUCUGCGUGCGAAGCGCGCGCGCACGUUAUUUUUAUUUAAGUGAGUGGUUCAAAUAACGGUUUUAAACAAAACUUGUGAUUUAUUUGUGAUUCAACUUUGAAAUUGUUAAGGCGUUAAAAAAAGGAGAAAUUUAACAUUAAAAUUUACUGCACAUCAAUAUGAAAUCGAUUAUAGUUUUGCUGGCGGUAAUUUGUUGUAUAGCAGUUGUCCGUGGAGCACAUUUACAUAAAUAUGAAGAAAAAAAUAUCGAUAACAAACAUAUUCAGGAUCAUUUUAAUAGUCCAAUGAGACACAACCGUAGACGGCGUCAGCCUAGGUAUAAUGACCGCCAUAAUAAUUAUGGCGAUAAUUCUAUUAAACAGAGAAAAUACUACGACCGAAGAGAUGAUCUUAAUGAUUAUGAACAAGAAAGAGAUUACAGCCGAAGAAAUUAUUUACAGAGAAGAGAUUACGACCCAAGAGAUGAAGAUAAUGUUUCUGAACAGAGGACAGAUUACGGCCGAAGAGAUGAUUAUCGUCGCCAGUCAGAAACAUUUUCUAAGAUAUUGGAUAAAUUGGAUGAAAUUCUCUUCUAUAUGAAAAUGUCUCAGACCCUUCCACCUCCAUCGCCGCCUCCACCACCACCUCAAGUGAUAUUCAUAAAUGUGCCUCAUUGCAACGACAACACCAUACAGACUGAAACUGAAACUGAAACUCGAUUUUUAGGGCGAAAUUGGGGAAAGGUCGUGAGCGAUGGUUCAAGGCCUAUAAACUUCAACAUAAUAAAAUCAGAUGAGCCUCCGGUUAUUCCACCCCCAGUCGAACACGGAACCAUUCAAGCUGGGAUUAGUCCCGUACCUACGUCCUCGGAUUUAGGACCUUGCAAGGCUGCUACACUCGUAUGUUGUCAGUAUCCCAGGAACCAGAUUGAGGAGUGCUUUACACUAUACGGUUGCGAGGAAUUGUAUAAUAAAGAUAACCGUGACUCUUGUGAUGCAAAAGUGGUUGAAGACGUUGUUAGAAAGUUUGCUAAAGCAUACGCACCUAUUAAUAAGCAAUGACGUAUGUCAAACCUAUAAGUUAACGGGUGACGCAAACUUAUUUAGUUGCUGGGACUUAUAUAACAUACUUAACGUAAUUUAAGUAUUCGCUUCAGCCGUGAAACCGGAGAGAUGCGGUCCUGAGAGAUUCAAAUACUACAACGUUGUAAACUAUAACGUUUGAAAAACUAUAACGUUUAAAACGUUUGAAUAUUGAAUUAGUUACUAUAUUAAUAGAUUAUGUUCCUCGCAAUAGUAGUCGUUUUGAAGAUUCAUUGAUACUCGACCGACCUUCGAUUAGGAGUGUACUGUUAACGAAAAAACUUCGUUCGCUGUAGUGUUGCCACACAGAGCCAACUACUUUUUUAUGCAAUGUAUAUUAAUAGAUAUAAAUGGUAACAUUUUGAUUGUUUUACAGUAUUAUUUCUGUUACAUUUAUAAAUAUGUUACUAAUCCUUUUUUAUACACAGUGUUAAAACCCCUUACCUGUAACUGUUACAGUAGUUUAAGUCGCUGUUGUUAUGGAUAUUGGUUACGUUUAGUUUUUAGCUUAUUUCCUUGAAAUUUUAAGGAAAUUGACUCUCAUCAUAAAUGCCAUUAUAUUAGCUGACAAUACGGAAUAUCACAUUGUUUAGCGAGAAUACGUUAACACAUUUAUUAAUAAAGAGUUAAAAAGAAAAAGAAGCUGACAUCCAUGUGAUAUGUUUAGCUAAUGGUCAAAAGUAUUAUAUUUUGGCCAGAUAGGUAAUGUUUAUCAUUUUCACUAGUAGUGCGUUUGAGGCUCCUAUUAUUAUAACUGUGAAAGUUAGUUUAUUGGUUUAUUACUUGACCCCUCUGUAACUUUCGCACUCGUAACUCGUAACUUUCGUGUAAUAAAAAAAAAUGGAUACAGCGCCCUUGCUAAAAUAUUAUUAUUUUAAAAUGUCAGUUUCUUUGACAGGCUUUAAAUUGGGGGAAUUAAAAGGACAUCAAGUCCUUUUAGUUAGAUUUAAGGAUUAUUAGUCUGAAACAAACACGUCGAAAUUAUUAAAAUAAUACUGCAGUAUCUAAGCUCCAUUACUUUUACAUAAUAGGAGGUUCGUAGGAGUCGUGUUAUUUAAUAUUAUAUAUAGCGCAUGUAAUACCUUUAAUAUAAUUUAUUAUACCUACUUUGUUUGCCGCGUAAGUUUCGAUUGUAUACGUGUCUGCCCCCUACGUGGUAAGAUGUUCAUCUCGGACGUAAAGUAGGAUUUUGGGGGGCUAAAAAGUGUUAUAUUACUCUAUGAUAGUAGUAGCCUUUUUGUUGUAUACCUACUAAUGGCAAUUUUUAAUUGUUCCUAGUCUUCUUAUAUUUACAUUUAUUAUUAUUACUUUUAUAUUAAUACACUAC